UCAAUUAGCAUGCAAGAAGAUUAUAACUUGCACUUUGUAAUAAUACUCUCAUACAUAAUUGAGUGUAACAUACCAAUUUCAUAAAAAACUUAAGAUGGAAGCUCGUUAUUUUCUUGUUUACCUUACUUUCUUAGCCAUGUCUUCCUACAUGGCCUAUGCGACUGAUCCUACUCAGCUACAAGACUUCUGUGUUGCGGUAAACGAUCCAAAUAAUGAACUGUUUGUGAAUGGAUUGUUUUGUAAGAAUCCAAUGGAUGCUAAACCCGAGGAUUUCUUUAAGGAUGGGCUAGACAAGCCCGGGAACACUAGCAAUAGGGUACAAUCCGCUGUCACUCUAGUCUCUGCAUUACAACUUCCAGGGCUCAACACCCUCGGCAUAUCCUUGGCUAGGAUUGACUAUGCACCAUAUGGCCUUAAUCCUCCUCACACUCAUCCUCGUGCAAGCGAAAUUCUUACGGUCAUUGAGGGAAGCCUCUAUGUAGGCUUUGUAACUUCCAACCUUGCUAACGGCGAUAACAAGUUAUUCGCUAAGGUGCUUAACAAAGGCGAUGUGUUUGUUUUCCCACAAGGCCUCAUUCAUUUUCAAUUCAAUAUUGGAAAAUAUCCUGCUAUUGCUAUUGCUGGAUUAAGCAGCCAAAACCCUGGUACGGUCACCAUUGCUAACGCCGUUUUCGGGGCUGAUCCACCUAUUAAUGUUGCUGUACUAAGCAAGGCCUUCCAGCUAGAUGAACACAUAGUGAAGAUGCUCCAAUCGAAAUUUUGAAAGAGCCCCUAAUUCAUAUGAUUUUGGAGUGUUUAUACAAUAAUAACCAAGUGAUUGAUAUGGUCUUGGUUUAUCAACGUUACUUCUUUUGUUCUAAAUAUCUAUAUAUCCUAGUAGACUAGUAGUCCUACUAGUAUAGGCUACUAUAUUGUAAGCGUGCUGAUACACGCAUGUUGCUUGUUUUGUUACUAUUGAAUUAUAAUGGAACAAACGAAGUUCUUAAGUUUUACGUUA